AUGAUUGAUGCGUUGUUAAAUAAAACGAAUUAUUUGUAUUUUAUAUUUUUAUUAUUUCUCUACAUUUGCUCAAAUGAUGUGUGUUCAUGUAAUUUGAAGGUGAGAAAUAAUUGGGAACAUUUUUUACAGGUUUAUCAAAACAAUGGAAAUUUUAGAAUGGAAAUUUUAGAACCUGAAUGUACAAUACAAAAGAAUUUACAAAGCGAAGAGGAGAAGGAGGAUUUUAUAGAUUUUGAUAGGAAAGAAUUAUUAUUGCAUGAUUUUGUAGUUAUAAAAAAUUCUCAUUUUACUGAUGAGAAGACACUUGAAUUAUAUUUGUCAAAAGAGGAGAAUAAAAAGAGUUAUUUAAUGUUAACAUUUUAUUUAGGUGAUUUAAAAUUAAUGAUUGGACAUAAUUCUCCUUAUGAAAUAAGUUUAAUAUUAAAUGUAGCAACAGUAAAUAAAAAUAUCUCAAAUUGUAAAAACAAUAGUUAUAAUAUUGUUCUUUUAAAAACAACAGAUGUUUUUAAUACAUCUGAUUUAGAAAUUUUAGAAGGUCCGAUUCAAUUUUCUCUAGGUAAAUCAUCUGGAGCUUUUCGUAUAAACGUUACAAAAUUUUUUCUAAAUAAUACAUGGAAAGCUUUUACAAAAGAUAAAAUCUCUUUUCUAAUAAAACCAGAAGAAAAUUGUUAUACUGUUUUAGAAAAUAAAUUAAAUAAACCCCAAUUACUUAUAGAAAAAAAAACAACCUUUUAUUCAGAAUGGGGAGAAUGGUCUAACUGUUCUAUGGAUUGUGAUCAUCCUGAUAAUGUCCAAAUAAGGGAAAGAGAAUGUAUACAUCCUUCAGGAGAUUGUUUUAAAGGAGACCUAAAGGAAUCUAGACCAUGUAUUAUUCCUUUACCUCCUUGUAAUGAAUUAUUUAGUCAUAAAGAUAAUUCAACAUUUAAAAUAUUAAUGAUUAUAUUACCUAUAGUUUUGGUUAUAUCUAUAAUAACUAUAUUGUAUCAUAUUUUUUAUAAAAAAAAAGGUGCUGAAAAGGAAUUAUAUGAAAAUGUGGCUGGUCGUUAUAUGUACGACUAG